GGAUGUAAGCGUUGAUUGGCGAAAUGGGGCGGCUUCUGAUUGGUUACCGGCGAGUUCCUUGGCCUUUCCUGUUCCGGCGCGCGCUGACCUUGGGGCUGGCGGGUCCCGGCUGUUUGCUCCCUGAGGCCCCGGAACCGCAGCCAUGGUGGCGUACUGGAGACAGGCCGGGCUCAGCUACAUUCGCUAUUCCCAGAUCUGUGCCAAUGCUGUCAGAGCAGCGAUGAAACCACAAUACAAAGCUGAGGCAGAAAAAGCUGCUGGGGCCACUAUAAAAAUAGUGAAGCCUAAAAAGGAGUAAGAUGAUUGUCCCCGUGAUGAACUGUAUGGACAAAAUAUCAAGUGAAGACAAGGUCAUGGGUCUGAAGAUGUGCAAUGUAGUCUCUUCAUGUUAGCUAUAAAAUCUGUCUGCAUGUGUAAGUCAACAUGCUAAUAAACUGAGCUUCUAGUUCACCAUGA